AUGUUCGACAGCGGGUUAAUCUUGUGCUCAAGAGGGAUCCGAAGGACUGGCACUUCCGAGGUGCUUGUCCGUGUUGUGCAUUUGAGCAAGGUAUCAUUCUUCAAGCAAACAGGAAUCUUCAUCAUGGCAUGCCGCCAUGGCUUGGUAGAGUGCAUUGUAGAAAUGAAACGAAGUGGCGAACUUGCAAAGUACGGACUCGCCGCAGUUAAUCGGUUGCUGGAUAGUUGUGGGAGCUUUCAGGGUCUUGGUCAUGACAUCAGUUGUACGUCGCGCAAGACUAUUGCUGCCAAACAGUCGAACCUUAUUGUUGCCGUCAACGCCUUCCAUGGCUACGCCCACAACCGCCGAUGCCAGCUAGCAAACCACCCCUUGUAUAUGAAUGGGUUUGGCAUUGAAGACCUCGAAACCUGUGAAUGGAUUUUUUCAAGUUCAAAUAGCGCAGCAAUCCUCAUUCGACACGCAUUGUAUUUUCAUUAG